AUGUGGGAAGCGUUUAAACUCAUGGGAGCUAAGUCUCUCUCUGCGGGAAGAGAAAUUUUGUUAAAAACGGUUCUUCAUGCUUUACCUAAUUACCUUAUGAGUCUUUUCUUGUUACCCAAGACUUUAUGUACGGAACUGGAACGUAUCAUGAAUCGGUUUUUGUGGGGCAGCGGGCGGAACUACUCUCAGGGUAUUCACUGGCUUGCUUGGAACAAAAUGGCCAUCCCGAAGGUGUUCGGAGGGCUAGGAUUUCGGAAAAUUCAUGAAUUUAACAUAGCUCUUCUAGGUAAACAGGGCUGGAAACUCAUGGUAAACCCAGAUUCAUUGGCUGCACGUGUUUUGAAAGCAAAGUAUUUUCCGACUUGUAGUUUUCUGGAAGCUAAUCUAGGCUCCAAUCCGAGCUCCGAGCUAUGUUUGGCGAAGCAUUUGGGGGUCUAA